GAUCUGAAAUCAGAAACUUUCAUCUCACGUCACCAUAAUAUAUACUCUUUAUCUCUCCCCACUUCUUAUAUACUAUAAAUAUGUUACACUUUCAUUUGAACUCAUUCCCGUUCAUGUCUUUAUCUUCUAAUAAAUAAAACAAUAUCAAAUUCAUUAUGGGUGAUUUUUCGAAACUUCCUCCAGGUUUCCAUUUCUAUCCAACCGACGAAGAACUAAUCGUUCAUUUCCUUCAACGAAAAGCCUCGCUCUUACCCUUUCAUCCCGAUCUCAUCCCCGAUCUUCAUCACUAUCCUUACAAUCCUUGGGAACUUCACGGUAAGGCCAUGGAGGAGGGUAACAAAUGGUACUUCUAUAGUAGGAGGAUGUCAUCGAACCGGUCAACGGAGACCGGAUAUUGGAAGUCAAUGGGAGCUGAAGAACCGGUUUUCACCGAUAAUAAUAUAAUUGGCAUGAAAAAAUACUAUGUUUUCUGUUUAGGAAAUGCUAAUUCAUCGAACGAGGAUGUUAAAACAAACUGGAUAAUGCAAGAAUUCAGACUCUCCGAUCAUCAUCAAACGGUCAAUAACGCUUCCUCUUCCAAGAGAAGAUCGUCGUCUCACUCAAAAUCAAAAUCGAAACAAGAUCAUAGUAAAUUGGUUUUAUGCCGAGUUUACGAACAUUGCGACGACGAUGAUAAUGACAACGGAAUGGAGCUAUCGUGUAUGGACGAGGUGUUUUUGUCAUUGGAUGAUCUUGAUGAAAUCAGCUACCCAAAUUAACUGAAAUUUUAAUUAAUAAACUUUUUUAUUUAUUAUGUUUUUAAAAUUUAAUGGCCUAACUAUAUAGCUAGGUUAUAUAUAUAUAUAUAUAUAUGUUUGAAGUGGAAAUUGAUUACAUGCCACGUGGAAUAAGAAGAAGCAAUGUAAUUAUAUAUAAUGCGAUGGGCCUUGAAGAUGAAGCAUACUCCACUAAAAAGUGAUAUAAUUGGCUUACGUGUAAUUACAUGUGUACAUUAUUCCACGUGUCAGUACGAUGUGGUAACUUUAUACAUAUGUUUGGGUAUUAUUACUCCAAUUGUAAAAGUGCUGAUUUCUGUAUUUGGUCUGUCUGGCUGCACAACUUUACUUUAUGUUAUUAAUAUCAUGUACAAUUAUAU